GCUCUCAGGGGUGAGGAGCCAUGGUGAGGAGCCAUGGUGAGGAUUGAUGGUCAGGAGCAAUGGUCAGGAGCAGGUCGAGAAAACAACAACUCCCCUGUCUCUGCCCGCGUCGGGCCCCACUUUAUGCUUCGGACUCCGGGAUCUCGGACCACAGCCGCUCCCAGCGUUCACGGAUAACGAAACUGCAAGUCUUCCGGAGUGAGGUUUAACGCGGUGGGAUUUCGCCGUAGAAAAAUACUAUCAACGAAUUUGUGGAAACUUUGGGGGCACAAGGAAAGUGUUGACGAGGAGCGCGCUGGGUACUUUUAAGACCUGAGAAACGCUGAACUGAAGUCAUCAAUUGAAAGAUAGCUCUCCAUGCAAUGUGGUCUGGAUGUUCACACAGCCAAGACAGAGCAUACCCUGCUGUCCAACAUCAGUGUAACAAUGUUGCACCAGUGGUUCACCCAGCAAAUGGAAUACAAAUCAACAUGGUAGCCCCUCAAGAUCCUGAGGAGCUCAGAGUCGUUGAUGGUCCAGCUCAGAGGCAGCAAGACGAUGCACAAUCAAGGCAACAUUUCCAAAGUCUCCACCACAAUGUAGCAAGCACUGGAUACCAGCACCCAAAACCUGGGGACAGUGAAUGGACUUCUUGGAAUAGUUGGCACCAACAAAGCAGAAAAGCUAAUCCUGACUAUAAUCCAUCACUGCAUGACACUGCACAAAGCAGCUGCGCUAAUGAAAACACUGGGAGACAACAUCUUUAUAAUGGUGGACAAGAUGAGGAAUGUAUUGGGCAAAGUCUUAGUAGAUAUUCCCAGAACGGGUCAUAUGUGAACAAUAAUGCUACACUGCAGCAAAAACAUUUAAGUUGUGCCUUUUCAGUUGGUACCAGUUCUGUAGCACCUCAGAGAAAGACCGUUGGAGACACAGCAGAGACACUUCCUUUAAAGGGUCAAGGGUAUUCUGGGUCUCUGAAGCAAACAUCUAGCCCACUGCAAUGUGCCUUGCUGAAAGGAAAUUGUCGGCAAGGGAGAAGUUCACUGGAUGCUCUCAGCUGUGAACAGAUUGGAACACAAAACCUAUUACAUUCAAGAACUCCCCGGUACCAGCAGCAGUUAACUCGUCCAUCACCAGUGCAAGAAAUAAAACCACUUACAGAUGUCGAAAUACAUGACUAUAUUGCGAAAGAGGUUAACCAGUACAGAAGAACCCAAAGCACUGGAAACCUCCCCACAUCCUCUGACAAAGGGACACAACAAUAUGUAGAGGUGCAACGUGUCAGCAGUGCUGAGCUGGGCAUUGCUGCACUUGGAAAAGCACUUCCACUGGACAGUUCAAAGGGCAGCAAAGUAAAUGCUGAGUUUACUCCGACAAGUGAUUGUCCUACAGUUCCAUCAGAGAGACAUUCAAGAGACUAUCUACCACGUAUGAGGACAGUUGCUGCCACCGGCACAAAGAAUGACGACAAGAGUCCAGUAGUUCUCACAUCAAGGUCUGGAAGGACUUUGGGUGAACGGACUGAGAAGGAACACUGCAACAAGCCAAAAGAAGAAUACACAUCUGUGGAGUUAAAUAUCAACAGGAAUUUGGAGGAAUUGCACAAGGUGACUGGUGUUUCCUGGUCUCCCAAACACAUGACGGUGAAAGAGGAAGGAGAUGCAAGGCUAAAACCAGUUGACAAUGUGGGUUGGACAGUAGACUUGGACAAUUCGCAAGGUGUGACUGAUGUCUCUGUAGAUCCUCAAACCAGGCACAGUUCAGUUAUAACUGGAAACAAAUUACUUGUACUCGAUGAAAAUCAAGACACAUUUCCCAAUAGAAGGAAAACCUCUGAAGAUCAACAUUGUCAUAUAACGGAUCAGGAAGUAAUUGCACAUCCCAUGGUUACUUCAUCAGUUGAUCAAAUUCAGAUUCAUAGCGUAAUAUCAAUUUCUACAGACCAAAGUGAACUGCUGUGGAACCAAGCAAGUCAUCAAUGUGUGAUGGAGGAUGCACGUUCUGUGCAUUCACAAACAGAUUUGUGUCUAGAAGUUACUGGAAAAAUUGCCAACGUCCAAGAACUGCCCCUCCUUCCUGAAAGCAAGAGUCUGGAACACGAUCUGAAACUUUUGAAAGAUCCAAAAUAUGAAGACAUUUCAGAUUAUGAAGACGUGUCACAGGUGAUGACAAAACUUCCAAACACAGAGCAUGAGAAAUGUAGCUUCCUGCCAUGUGCUGAAAAUCCUCAGUAUGAAGAUAUAAGUGAAGAUGAAAAUCCAGAGAAGAAGAGAUUGGCUCAAGAGAUAUCUUUUCCAGAAUACAACAAAAAGCAGUCACUAUUUGAAAAUGAAGGCCAUGGACAUGUGCAGGGUCAGGCUCAGGUAAAGACUGAAAGCGUUUCAGAAGAGAAGCAGAUUUUACUGGAUACAGCACAACUCUGUACUUGUCCAUGUUUUGUUGAAACUGAUGAUGGUUUUGAACAUUUAUGUCCUAAAUGUGACAGUGAGAGACAACUGGGAGUGCAAACAAACCACUCAUUUUCAUGUAGUCCUUCCUAUGAGGAUUUCAAAGAUGGAGAUGAGAGUGACGAUCAGAUGGAUGACUUCAUAGUCUUGCCUAUAAGCAUCACAAACAUUAUAUAUGAACCAGAAAAUGAAAUCCAGGACAUCCCAGAGAACAUUGUGCAAGAUGACAGUAAAAGUGGAGACAAAGAUGGGCACGGUGACAUGAUUCCAACAGACUGUCCAGUUCCUAAACCAGUAGCGGCUUCUGCUAUGGAGGUAUUUGACACAGUUAAGAGCUUUCUACAAGCUAAAUCUGCACAAUUUGUGAACAGUUUUGAGAUGGCAUCAGGAAGAAGCACACCUGAACAUGAAAUGGUCCUCGAGGGAGACACACAUACACCUAACAGCAGCACGUUCCACUCUGAGCCUGAAGACAGUAGUGAAACAGACGACAGCUGUGAUUACUCAGCACCUCUGCCUCCAGAGACAGACGAUUAUGCAUCUGAACAUAAUGAGGCUACAAAUGUGCAAAAAGGUCGAAGCAGGCGCCCUGACAAGGGGAGCUGUAUGGAAGAACUUAGCAAGUUGAUUGAAGCCAAAGCUAGCUCAAAGAAUGUCCAACUCAAGACCAUCAGACAAACGUAUUCAAAAAAACCAGACAUAAUAAUUGUUGAUUCUGACUCCGAGGAUGAAAGUGACCAAAAUUGCAGAAAGAAAGCUAAACGUAAGAGAUCACCCUCUUCAGGCUCAAUGGACUAUGGAGAUGCCCCAUGGGGUCAGCAAAUAGGACAUCCACCUGAAACUUUGGAUCUGCAUCAACCCGUGAAAGAAACUGCAGACUUGCCAGUCCCGCAGCGUCCUGAGCUAUCGCAUAGUACAGCAACAAGUGGGCAGCACCUUGAAAAUAAAGCUGGUCAUAAGCAUGUUCAACAGGAUACCAACAGGAAAAAUAUCGAAAGUGUAAUUAUCCUUGACUCUGACACAGAGGAUGAAAGUGACCAAAACCACAAAAAGGAGAACAGCAGGAGAUCUAUCUCUUCAGGGUUUGUGGAUAGUGCCAUUUCAUCGUGUAUUACACAAAAGAGACAUUCACCUGAAAUUGUGGACAGUGAGUAUGGACCUACUAAAGAAACGCUCCAAGAAAUGAGGUCAUCUGCUGAACGCUCUGACCCGUCUCUCUGCGUAAAAAAUGCUGGACAGUUGAUUGAAGCUGAAGUUGGCUCUGAGUAUGUUCAACACAAGAGUAACAAACCAACAACCUCAAAAAGAGUUAAAGUUUCCCUAGAGUCUGACAAAGUGGCUAAAAAAGACGAUCAGACUAGCAAAGAAAAGGCAACAGAGAGAAAGCCCCCAUCAGUCCCAAAAGACAGUGGUGUUAUAUCUCAUCAACAAAACAGACCGUCAACAGAAAUUGUAACCCACCUCUGUGGAACUGCCAAGACAAGGCCUCGAAAAACCAUACUAUUAUCUGAACAGUCACCAGAGAAACGGCUUCGGCCUGUGGACAAGAAGGCAGAUGCCACCUCAGGUACUUGUGCGAUUCCUCGCCUUUUGGUUAAGUCGGUGCACAAUAAUAACCUGAAACUUUCAAAAGAACGUGUGAACAGGCAGGGUAAAGAUGAAACCCUUGCUCCAAAGACCCCUACAGCAACCAGUAAGAGGAAAUGGAGGCACAACUCCCACGAGUCUGCAACUCCCCUGAUGAAGAGGGCCAUGUCUGAAGCGAAACAUUUGACCAAGGCCAGAAAUCGAGACAUUCAAAGAGACCAAAGAUCCAACGUUGGUGUUGGUUACAAAUGGUUGGAGAGCAGGAAAAAGGGGGCAAUGCUAACAAAGAAAGGUUCCGCCAGCGAGAGGAAGAGGUAAAGAUCUCAAAGAGCCUAUCAUUGAGGAGAACGUUCCACUGUCCACUUGUUCCAAUGGACAGGUUGUUAAUAACUGUUGCUGUAUAUGAUUCUGUACGUAAAUUCUGUAUUUUAAUGGUGUGAAUGCAUGUUUACACAAACGGUGUCAUAUGUUAGUAUUUAAAAUAUCAGCUGUUUGUGGUAGUGUUGUUUUCAAUCGGAAAGAAAUUCUCUUUUUCCAGCUACCUCAGAAUGAAGUUUCUCCAUUUACUUUAGUGUUUAUGCUCUGAUUACAGUUUGAAUUAGAAGUGCUUGAUAUUUUAAACACUUUUUUUCCCCCAUAUAAAUUUAUAAAGAGAUGGAUACAUAUGUAUAUGAUCCUGUUCUUUUCCACCUUUUUAACUUGAUAUUGUUUUUGUACUCAGCCGUGGUUACAUUCUGUAGGCAAUGGUGUUAUCUUUAAAAAUGUUGAUGUCAUAAAAGUCUUGCAAUGGCUCAAUUUC